UGGAACAGACACUGGAGUGCUCUUGGAGAGAACUCCCAUGGGGACUGUACCUGACCCUCUCAGAGUGACUAAAGCUUCCAUAGUGCCUGUUUCCGAAAAGGAAGAGGCUGGACAGGAGCUUCAGAGUGUCUCACCACAACCAGCUCAGCCAGAUAAGAAUGCCAGUGCCCCAGGCAAUGCGACUGCAGAACUCAGCCUUAGGCUCAGUGCAGCUGCUGAGGCCCUGAUGCAAGCCUGUGUGCAUGACUCCAGUGAGCAAGACAUGGCAUCUCCUGGUGUCCUCAAUAAAGUGGAGCAAGUGUGCCCCACACACAACACUCCCAUUGACUCCCAGCUUCAAGGAAGCAAGGAGCCGGCAGCACCAGGCUCGAAUUCUACAGCAGGAAAGGAACUUAUAUCUGCUCCAUUUCCAAGGGCAGCCAUUCAGCACACUCACCAUGCUGUCCGAGGAGACCCACCAAAUACUAGUACCUGUCUGGUACCUGAAGAUUCCUUGGAGAAAUCAAAGGCAAACUCAAACAGUGAGAAACCUGAAAAGUCAAGUUGUCCUAGCAGGGUCACGUGUUGCAGCAGCAAAAGUCAAAUGCUCUGUGAUUUUUCGUCUCCAGAAAAUAUUCAGGGUACUGUACAGGCUUCAGAUACUGCGAUAGGAACUCGCUCAUGCGCUUCUACAGACAGACCUGAGGGAGAAGGGCAGAAAGACAUCAGCCAUGCCACAGUGGGAUUCACUGAACCUCCAGCAGGAAGGGCAUGCCCAGAGAACAAACAGCCCUCUGGUACCAACUCGGACAGCCUAGAUGAAAGGUCUGAAAAGCCUCCAGUAUCCCUCCUCACCAGCAGAGAUGCCACAUGUUCUCUAGGUGCAGAGUCGCUGCUGCCCGCUGAGCAUCCGGUGUCAAGGUUCAAAGAAGCCAGUACAAUGACCUGCCAAGCUGAAAGCGAGCCGAAGGAGUUCCCUGGCAGGGCUUGGCAAGAUGCCGAGGUGCAGGCAGUGGCAAGUAUGGAGAGCAGGUCUGUCUCUACGAGCCCCAGCAUCCUCCCCGCGCUCUUAAAGGAAAUCCCUGCCCCUGAGCCGGAGCACGGACAAGAGCAGCUCCGUGUAAUUUGCCACGGCAAGGGCAGUGGAGGCCACUUGUUGGAACUCUCAAACAGCAUGGAAGAGCCCCAGAAGUCAAGGCAACGCCCGGUCAUUGAACCACAGGUGCACAUCCAGGCAGCUGCUGCCACUCCUGCAGUUUUCAAAGGGGGAUGCAAACCAGGGAACAAACCAGCCGAAGCCCUUAAAUCCCCACCGAUCCAUGUGGCCUGCAGUCAAAACCAGGAUACCGUGGAAGAUGGGACGUCUUCAGCAAGCAAAGAGGCAACCUCCAGACAGCUUACAGGUAUGAAUCCUGACUCCCAGAAAGCUAGCUCCAUUGGCCAGAUUUCCCGUGUGGCAGGGAGUCAGGCUGAGAUAAGUCAUCGAUUGGGGAACUCUGAAACCACUCCACCUGAGUUUGUAGCGAAAACUACAAAUGACCAAAAACCAGAGCCAGGCUGCAAACUGCCCGACUCCCGUGGAGGUGCCAACAAAAACGACCAGCUAAAGAGCUCAGACCCUGCUGAUAAAAGAGGUGCAAAGGACCAGAAGCCUGCUUCUUCUCCUCUUAACGUGAAAGAGCGUGCACCUGGGGCCACCAGCACCCCAGAUGCUAAAUCCCUACUGCUAAAUCCUAAAUCUCAAGGAAAUGAAGGUGCUGCGGCAUCAGAGGUCAAUCCUGAACCCUCCCCAGGGAGGAAGAGCCUGCAGAACACCUUGGAAGAACACAGGCAGACCAAGACCGUCACGAGCCUGAGCCUGCCAUCUGAAGGCACAGGUGAUUCAAGCCCAGGCUCUGGCAAGAGGACCCCUUCUCGCUCUGUCAAAGCUAGCCCGCGUAGAGCCAGCCGGGUCAGCGAGUUCCUGAAGGAGCUUAAUGUGACAGCAGCUGCUGCCCAGGUGGGGCUCACACCUAGCGAGAAGAAGAAACAGCUGGGUGCAGACUCCAAGCUGCAGCUGAAACAGUCCAAGCGAGUGAGGGACGUGGUGUGGGAUGACCAGGGCAUGACCUGGGAAGUGUAUGGUGCUUCCUUGGACCCAGAGUCUCUGGGAGUUGCCAUCCAGAACCAUUUACAAAGGCAAAUUAGGGAACACGAGAAGUUAGUUAAAACACAAAGUGGCCAGUCUCGAAGAUCUAUUUCCUCAGAUUCUUCUUCCAGUAAGAAGCUCAAAGGGCGACAGCAGGGCGUCCUGCAGUCCAUGCUGCAAAACUUCCGGCGCCCCAACUGCUGUGUCCGUCCUGCCCCAUCUUCUGUGCUAGACUGAAAGGGAACAGCGCUGGUGUAGGACUUAGGGUAUUUCUUGCGUCUAUCCAUGUCAAAGCUUAGAAGUUUGACUUUCUGUUUUGUUUUGGGAUUGUCGUUGGUUUCUGAGAGACCUAGAAGUAAAGGCAAGUAUUUAGUUUAAGAAUUAGCUAUUAUGAGUUAUUGGGUCCUCCAUAAAUAAAAUGCUGUUUCACAGUGAUAGAAAGAACACAAGAGGCCAGGCAAAGCUUGCAGAAGGUCUGUACCCCUAAUUCAGAAGAAAUAAUCUUCACUAAGGUUUUUUUAAAAAUACAUUUUUGUUUACA